CAGUAGCCACAUGAACCAGAUGUUUAAAAUACCUGGUUAGGAUUAUCUACGCUAAAAAUAUACUACUGCCAUCGAGAAUAACCUUUGGAAACCAAUCAUAGAAACUAACCGCCACCAUUUGAAUUUCCAUAGAAACAUGCAGGAAAAUCAAAAGAAAACUGCCACGGAAGACAGUCAGUCUUCUUCAUGUUCACAGGCUCUUCUUGGAAAACAAAAAGAACAUGAAGAAGCUCCAACUCCAACUCCAACCAGCACCACCUCAAUUGGCAAAAAACUACCUUUAAUCCCACUAAUUUUUCUGAUUUACUUUGAAGUUUCUGGCGGCCCCUAUGGCCAGGAGAUCGCUGUAGGGGCUGCAGGGCCUUUCUUUGCCAUCCUUGGCUUAAUAGUCUUCCCUAUUAUGUGGAGCAUCCCAGAGGCACUUGUCACUGCCGAGCUUGCCACCACGUUUCCUAGCAAUGGCGGUUUUGUCAUAUGGGCUCAUGAAGCCUUUGGUCCCUUCUGGGGCCACCUCACUGGGUCUUGGAAAUUCUUUGGUGGUGUAAUAAACUUGGCUUCUUAUCCAGCUCUCUGUAUACAGUAUCUGGAUGUGGCAUUCCCAGUUCUCUCUUCAGGCCUUCCUCACAAAUUUGCUAUAUUUGUUUCAACUACUAUACUGUCUUUGAUAAACUAUAGUGGUAUAACUAUUGUUGGUUAUGCUGCAGUAGCUUUGGGGAUUGUAUCACUUUUUCCAUUCUUGGCAUUGUCCAUUGUUGCAAUCCCCCAAAUUGAUCCUAGUAAGUGGGUCAUUAUGGGUCAAAAGGGUAGGAACAAAAAAUGGAAAUUGUUCUUCCAUACUCUUUUUUCGAACUUGAAUUCCUUGGACAAUGUCAGUACUUUAGCUGCUGAGGUUAAAAAACCAUAUAAAACAUUUCCUAAAGCACUUAUCAUAGCUAUAUUUUUUACUGUUAUUUCUUGCAUAAUACCUAUGGCAGCUUCAGUUGGAUCUAUAUCUUUGGAUCUAGAUGAUUGGAUUAAUGGGUAUUAUGCAGAUAUUGCAGAAGAUAUUGCAGGGAAAUGGUUGAGAUCCUGGAUUGAAUUUGGCGCUGUUGUAUCGAGUCUUGGCCUCUUCCAAGCUCAGCUGAGCAGUUCUUCAUACCAACUUUUGGGCAUGGCUGAUUUAGGACUUUUACCAAGCGUUUUUGGGGUUAGAUCCACAAGGUUUAACACACCUUGGGUUGGGAUUUCAAUCUCAUCAGCGCUAGCACUUUCAAUAUCUUACAUGAAUUUUGAGAACGUCAUAUCCUCAGUGGUACACUUAUAUAGUAUGGGAAUGCUCUUGGAAUUUUCAUCCUUUCUUUGGUUGAGGCUGAAGUUUCCAGCUGUGGAGAGGCCAUUCAAGAUUCCAAUAGGGACAAGAGGGGUGGCGGCAAUGUGCUCCAUCCCAUCUGUGUUUCUGCUUUAUGUACUCUUUGUGGCUAAUGGAACUCAAUUUUUGGUGAGUGGUUCACUAACUGUGUUUGGGAUUGCAGUUUACUUUGUACUGAAGCUUUUAAGGAAAAAAAAGUUGCUUCACUUCAACAAUGUUGGGAGAAAACUGGUGGAUGAACAUCAUCUGGGCUAUUAUGAUGAAAUUGUGAAAUAAGGUGACUCCAAAUCAUUUACAUUUACAUGUAUAAUGUUUCCCAUUUGUAUCAUAUAUAAGGGAGUGAUGAGGCAUAUUUAGGUGAAAUUAGUUUAUGUGGAGGUAUAUAUACAUAUUUAUGUAGAAUUCCUUAUCCCUAUAGAUAUGUGUCUAAUUUACGUAAAAAAAAAAAAAAAUGUGUUAACAUGUGUAAUUUGUGAAUCAAGAACUAAUCUUGGCAUUAGUUCAAUUAGGUUAUCAAAGGUUCAUGUCAUAUGCAAUAUGUUAUGUUGGAUUUCCAAGACUAAACGUUCAUAUAUGCACUUUACUUUUCCUUCU